AUGGAGGAGCUGUUUAGAAAAAGCACAGAGGCAGCAGCAGCUGCUGCUGCUUCACCUGCUGCUGCUGCUGCUGCUCUUGUCCCCGAAGCCUCAGCAGCAGCAGCAAUUGGUGCAGACAGCAGCAGCAGCAGCAACAGCAGCAGCAGCAGCAGCACUGCGGAUGGCCGCAAGCGUGGGGGCCCCGCUGCUGCUGCAGAAGAGCAGCUGCCGGCUCGCCGCCGCCGCGUUCCAGCAGCAGCAGCAGCAGCAGCAGCAACAGAAGCAGCAGCAGCAGAAGCAGCAGCAGGCUCUCCAACUGCUUCUCAUUCGGGCCUACAGCAUUCACCAAUAUCUGCUGCUGCUGCUUCUGCUGCUGCUGAAGCACCAACUGCAGCAGCAGACGGCCAAAGCGAAGGGACACCCAGCAGCAGCAGCAGCAGCAGCAGCAGCAACAGCAGCAGCAGCAGCAGGAACUCCGGCGGCUGGGUCCCGUUUACAGGCGCAGCAGAGAAUAGUGGCGCCUUUCUGAACGCUGGGUUGCAGCAGCAACAGCAGCAGCAGCAGCAGCAGCAACAGCAGCAGCAGCAGCAGCAGCAGCAGCAGCAGCAGCAGCUGGAGGAGCAGCAGCAGCAGGAAACUCCAGAGGCUGAGAGCACCGACACAUUUUAUUCUGCUCCUCAAACUCCUCGCGCUGCUUCUUCGGAAAGAAUUGGUGGUGCUGCUUCUCCUGCUGCAGCAGCAGCAGCAGCAGCAGUUGCUGCUGCUGCUGCUGCUGCUCCGUCUGCGAUUGCUGGGGUUGCGUCUGCUCGUGCUGAAGCAGCAGCAGCAGCAGCAGCAGCAGCAGCAGCAGCAGACGAACAGCAAGUGGAAGACAUCAUUUGCUGCUCACAGGGCUCUCUGAGUGCACUGAACAGCCAACAGAACUCAGCAGCAGCAGCAGCAGCAGCAGCAGCAGCAGCAGCAACAGCAGCAACAGGAUCCUGUGGGGGAUUGCUGACCUCUCAGCCUUUUCCUCUCUCCCUUUUUGACACACAGCCUGAGCAGCUGCUGCUAGAGCAGCAGCAGCAGCAGCAACUGCAGCAGCAAGAGCAGCAGCAAGAGCAGCAGCGGCUGCUGCAGCAGCAGCAACACCAGCAAGAGCAGCAGCGACAGCAGCAGCAGCUCCCAUUCUACCUGCAGAACUUUGCAAGCGUGGUCUCAUCUGCCCCGCCAGCUGCAGCAGCAACAGCAGCAACUGCUGCUGCUGCUGCUGCUGCUGCUGCUGGUGGGGGCCCGCCCGACUUGCCGUGGGACAGCAGCAGCAACACCCGCAGCAGCAGCAGCAGCAGCAGCAGCAGCAGCAGCAGAUAUGCUCUUAAAGGCUCUGUUGCUGCGCUGCUGGCCCACUGCAGCGGCUGUGAGCCCAAAGCCAACAGAAUAGAAGACGCUUUGCUGCUGGUGCUGCGGCUGGAGGCUCUGCAGCAGCAGCAGCAGCAGCAGCAGCAGCAGCAACAGCAGCAGCAGCAGCAGCAGCAACAGCAGGAAGUGGAAACGAUGCAGCAGUGGAAAUUCGUGCUGCUGCAAGUCGGAGGAAACUUCGUCAAGUACCUAAAUAUCCUUCUCCGAGAGGGAGUAAGCAGCAGCAGCAGCAGCAGCAGCAGCAGCAGCAGCAGCAGCAAACGCAGCAGCAGCCACAGCAGCAGCACUAGCUGUGACGGCAGUAGCAGCAGCAGCAACGGCACCGGCCCAUCCACAAAGGCAACCAAGCACAAAGCUCAAAGCAGCUGCGUAGAUUCAGGUGCCUAA